GUAAACUGUAGGAAAAAAUAUUAGCAGAUUUGAAAUUAGUGAGGAAUAAAGUUAUAAAACCCCUUAAUGAACGUUCAUAAUAGGAAUCCAACACUGAUUAGGGUGCCUUCCCUCAAGAUAUCGAAUGAUCUAAUGUAUGAUUGAGGACUAGAGGUAGAGGAAAGGACAACAAAAAUGUAAAGAAUAAGAUUGACAAAAAUCAAAAUGAAAAAAAAUAAAUGCAUAGACAAAUAACUUGUCGUCUGAAAUCUGAACUCGGCUUUACAGAUGAAUUCUGAUUGUCAUCUGUGAAAAGAUUGAGGCGGACUUUGAAAACCCUGGCGGCAAAGCAAAAAAUCUUGGCGGCAAGAACCUCAUCUUUUCUCCUAUUUAAGAUAACAAAAAUCGUCAAACCAUAUCAUCGAUUAUCAUCUCCAUCUGCGUUAGUGACUACAGUUUAACCAAGAGUGUGGACCAUGGACUGCUCAGAACAAGACGAAAUUACAAUGUGCAUGGCGGCUUAUGUUAUUGCGUUAAAUUUUAGAAACUUCCUACUCAUUGUGCUUGCGAUGUUAGAAUAUUAUAAAGACACUUUUAUUAUAAGGAAGAGGAAAAGAUGUCAAAAAGGAAGUGCUUAUGAGAGAUAUGAAAUUAGACGUGUUAAUUUUAGAAAAAUGAUUUGGGAAGACGAUAUAGAAUGUGGAGAUAACAUUAGGAUGGAUAGGAGAGCGUUUUACGUGCUGUGUGACAUGGUUGAAAGUAUUGGCAUGUUAAGAUCAACAAAGAACUCAACCGUUGAGGAAAUGCUUGCUUCAUUCCUCUAUAUACUCGCUCAUCAUACUAAAGUUAGAGUGGCCAAAAGAGAAUUUGUGCGUAGCGGUGAAACAAUAAGCAGACACUUUAAUAAAGUAUUGCUUGCUAUCUUGAGACUGCAUGAAGUUUUGCUUAAGAAGCCUAAACCGGUGACUCAAAAUUGUAAAGAACAUCCUUCGAAAUGGUUUAAGUAUGUAGAAUUGUCUGGGAGCGCUAGACGGAACUUAUAUUCAGAUAAAUGUCCCUGAACAAGAAAAGCCUAAGUAUAGGACAAGGAAGGGUGAUUUAGCAACAAAUGUACUUGGAGUUUGUUCUCGGGAUUUACAUUUUAUUUACAUAUUACCUGGGUGGGAAGGUUCUGCUGCUGAUGCAAGGGUAUUAAGAAGUGCAAUUUCUAGACCAAAUGGCUUUGUAGUUCCUCAAGGUUGCUACUAUCUAUGUGAUGCCGGAUACAGCAAUGCAGACGGGUUUUUAGCUCCAUAUAGAGGCCAACGGUGUCAUAUAAAAGAAUGGAGUCAACAGAAUUAUCCUAGAACAAAAGAAGAAUUGUUUAAUUACAAGCAUUCAUGUGCACGUAAUGUCAUUGAGAGAUCUUUGGAUUAUUAAAAAUGAGAUGGACAAUUCUUUGUAGUAGAUUUUGCUACCCUGUGAAGACAUAUUGUAGAGUCAUAACUGCUUGUGCUUUACUUCACAAUCAUAUAAGAAGGGAGAUGCGAAAGGAUCCGCUUGAGGAUAAGGUGCCAGAAGAUUAUGUUGAUUCUGACUCAUUGUUCAAUGCCCCAAGCAUACAAGAUAUUGAGCAAUCUGCAGCUUGGACUGCAUUUAGAGAUAACUUAGCACAAGAAAUAUGGAACGAGCGUCGAGCUAAUAGGAAUUAAUAAUCAUAUUAGUGGUUUUAUAUGUUUUUAUUUGUUAAGAAUCAUCUUAUUUUUUUAUAAGAAAAUAUGUGCUCUCUUUUUGCACUUUGUGGAGGA